AGCAGAAGAACCAAGGAUGGAAGGGUCCUUGUGGAAGACCCUGCUGCUGGUUGGGGUCCUUUCAGCCUCUGGGCACCCCCACCUACCCCACAACCCGUUGACUUAUGACGAGGCCCUACGUCUCGGAGUGGAGAUCUACAAUAAGAAAGCCAGGGAAGACUUCGUCUACCGUCUCCUGGAGGACGUUCCUCAGCCUGAAUGGGAUCCCUAUUCCGAAAGCAACCAAGAGCUGAACUUCACCAUCAAGGAGACCGUGUGCCCGGCGGAAGAAGAAUUUUCCAUGGAGGAAUGCGACUUCAAAGAAAACGGGCUGGUCAGGCAAUGCACAGGCUACUUUUUCUUGGAGGAGAGGCCCCCGGUGGCUGUUCUCACCUGUGACACCGUGGUGGGAACAGCGAAGGAAGAGGAGAAAGAGGAGGAGGAGGAGGAGGAGGAGAAGGACCCGUCCAAACGUGUCAAGAGAUUCAAGGACUUUUUCCACAGGAUCCGGGAUGGCGUUCGAGAUUUCUUCCGGAAUAACCACUUCGUAUUCGGCGUGAAUUUCCGCUUCUUUUCCCAUCUGAACAAAACGGUUUUUGAUUGGCCCUGCUUUGUCUCCGUCUCCACCUCUUGCCAAAGUGUCAAAUUGUGCCGGAAGGACCUUCGAAAAUUCAGUGUGGAAACCCCCUGGCCAUCCACCAGCGAGUGGACAACUUGCCUAUCGGGGCAUAAAAGGAGACAGCCUGGUUCCCGAGGACCACAUCGGCCGUGGCCCUCCUUAGUCGAAGAACCAAGGAUGGAAGGGAACGUUUGGAAGGCCUUGCUGGUGAUUGGGGCUCUUUCCCUCGGUGGGACCUCCUCACUUCCACACAAACCGCUGACUUACGACAAGGCCGUGGAGCUUGGAGUGUCCAUCUACAAUAGCAAAGCCGGGGAAGACUCCCGCUUCCGUCUCCUGGAGGCUGUUCCUCAGCCGGAGUGGGAUCCCAGUUCUGAAAGCAACCAGGUGCUGAACUUCACCAUGAAGGAGACAGUGUGUCCGGUGGAAGACGUAUGUUCCUUGGACGAAUGUGACUUCCGAGAAGACGGGGUGGUCAGGCAAUGCAGAGGCUACUACUUCUUUGAGGAGAGACCCCCGGUGGUUGUAAUCAUCUGUGUCACUGUGGCUGGACUGGAGAAGGAGGAGAGAGCAGAAGAGGAGGAGGAGGAGAAGGAAGAAGGGAAGGAAGCAGAGGAGAAGGAGGAGGAGGAGGAGAAGGGUCAUCCCAGGCGGGUCAAGAGAUUCAAGAAUUUUUUCAAGAAGAUCAAGACAGGCAUUAAGAAAGUUAUCAAGAAAACCAAAGAGGCCUUCGCUUCCCAUUUCCGCUGGUAG